AUGUACAACUAUACAGAUGAUAUUAGCUCAAAUAAUAUCAACAUACCAGUACAUUAUUGGAGAGCAAGAGAAUACGAUGGUAAGACAAACAGUUUGUUAUUAGAUCAUCCAGAGUUCCACUCUACGUAUUUUGGAUGGGAAAAUUACAACAAAAACGAUAAUAACAAAAACAUCACAUUCCAUGAACCAUUGCCAGGCCAUCACUUUUCCAUAAUGAAAGUAGAUAAUUCUGGUAGAUUAGCAAGAGAAAUGGACAAAAUUAUUCCAACUAUCAAAAGAAGUAUUACAUCACUAAAAAAUAAAUUAUCUAGUGGACAAUUAGUAAACAGCAAAAAUAAUAAUAUAAUAUUAGGCCCACCAAUAUCAAGACCCUUAAACACAAUGAGAAAUAGCUAUUCCGUUAUAUCAUCACCAAAUUUACAGAGACCUUCAUAUCCACAUAAUAACAGUACAAGAGAAUACGAUGGUAAGACAAACAGUUUGUUAUUAGAUCAUCCAGAGUUCCACUCUACGUAUUUUGGAUGGGAAAAUUACAACAAAAACGAUAAUAACAAAAACAUCACAUUCCAUGAACCAUUGCCAGGCCAUCACUUUUCCAUAAUGAAAGUAGAUAAUUCUGGUAGAUUAGCAAGAGAAAUGGACAAAAUUAUUCCAACUAUCAAAAGACGAACGGGUUCGUUAGAUUUGAAACCUUUAAUGUUGGAGAAACUUGCAAAUGCACGUCGAUUAUCAAGUGAUGAUGUCGAAAGUAAUUAUGGUAGUAGUGGUGAAUAUCAUUCGUCAGAGAUAUUGGAAAUCUUUUUUGCACGUGAUGAAUUAACUAACGAUUUUGCAUUAACGUGUAAAAGAUUUUUAAUAAAUGCAAAUAAUGAAAUAACAGAAGAAAUCCCUGACAACACUAAUGGUUUUACUGUAAAUAAAGGUUCAGACAAUUCCACGAAUAACAUAAUAACAAAAUGUAUAUGUGAUUUCAGAAUAAAUUUUGAUGGAUGUCAGGACGAAGAAUAUAUUUUACGACUCUCACAAUGGAUUUUAAUAAUAUAUUCGACAAUUAUAAUCUUGAUAGCGAUUGGAUUCCUUAGUCAUAAAAUAAUAAUUAGAAAACAAGCAUUUUUUUUACCACCAACUAAAGGACGUGGGAUAAUCAGACCUAUACCACAUGAUGUUGUUCAUGUUCUAACUAUUGUUUUUAACCUUUUUUUAUUGAUCCAUACAUUGAUUUUAUUGAAUGAUGCAUAUCCUAAUACGGUUUCUGCAGAAAUUGGUUCAGAUUUAUCAAAAGAAUUAGGAAUUGGCUUAGCAAUGAUUUAUCCAAUAAGUAUAAUUUACUCAACGCCAGUUCUAGGACUUGAGAAAAAGGGAAUUUUAAGUUGUAAACCAAAUAAAAUUUUGAUUGAUGCAUUAGGAUUUUUACUUCUUAUCGCACCAUUAACCACUUUACUUCCACUUGCUGCGUUAACUGGUCACUAUGCCGAUCAAAAUGAUUUAGAAAUGGCUAUGAUGUUUCAUAGGUCACAUUAUUUUAUUUGGGUUGUUUGGGGAUUGGUUCUUUUAAUUUUAAUUGCUCUUUCUUGGUUUAAACUGACGUCAACGGUUUUGAAAAAUAUCAAAGAAUCAAGAAAAAAAGAGAUUAAUGGAUAUAUAUCUGAUGUGCAAUGUACCUCUUCGACGCCCAAAAAAGCUGCUAGAAAUUUGGGUGUAGCCAUUGUGUUGUUAAUAGCUAUACUAUUAACAUAUUUGGCCAUUUUAUUAUCAUAUUCACUAUCUCGAUAUCCAUUCACUCACAGUACUGACUUAUCGCAUGAGUUAAAUAUUUCAAAUAAUAAUAAAGGAAACGACGAAUCUAUUGUAAUCCAAUCAGCUAGAUCAUCCUUAUCAAAACAAAGUAACGAUAAAGAUGAUGAUGGUAAUGAUGAGGGCGUAUCAAUACAACAAACUAUUUUACAACAAUUGUAG